ACAGUCCAAUAGACGCGUUAUUGGACAUUCUUAUUCCCAACGCAAACCGUUGGCGUAGCUUGUGCAUUAAACUUGCUGACACGGAAGUCUUGGACAACAUCAUGGACAAAUUUAACUGUCUGGAAUUUCCAUGCCUUGAAGACAUUUUCACGGAUGAUUAUCAACACUUCCUGUCACCGGCAUGUUCCUCUGCCCUCGGGCGUCUGUAUCUAGGGAAGGCAUAGGUAUAUGUGUCCACCCUGCUGCUGACGCUUAGCCUGCCGAUCGAGUGGGAAAGAAUGUUCCACGAUCACUCAUUCUUCAAAUAUUUCCCCGUAGACAAUUGGGAAAGCCCCGGAGGGCCGCCAUCAAUAGGCUACCGCCAUGAUAGGUACCGGGAAGUCGACGUUCUUGCCAGACGGCUCACAAAGCACCAGGAGGUAGGGCGGCCACUAUUGCAUGUGCAGCUCGUGGGUUCGCCAACUGACCAUUUGACGAUAGAAAUGUUUUCCCGCAUUCCCAGAUGGUUACGAAGUUGCUGUGUCUUGGAUUUAGUGGGCUUGCAAUUGUGCAAACGGCAGUCCUCACCCGAUGCCACGUCGCACAAAUACUUUUGUCUGACUGCAGAUGGCAGUUUCUUAUAUAUAAGGGUGGAUACCAAGGACACUGUCAUUUUGGACAACUGGCGGGAAGCAUCCCUAGAAAAUAUGGAUGUUUUCUGGCUCCCGAAUGGAAGGCUAUCUUUGUCCAACAUGUCCCACCCUGAUCCUCAGGUGCAGGCUUCCUUGAGUGAUGCUGAUGGUGAUUGCAAUCCAGAUCAUUUCACCUAGGUGUCCCUCGACUCGUUUACAAAGAGCGCUGCAAGCUCAAAGGCAUCCGUAGAUGUUUUAAUGCGAUUCGCCGCUAAUGUAGAUACAGCCGGCGAUCUUGUGAAGUUGUUGCUAAUACUUGGAUGUGCGUAGUUAAGUUAGCAGCCCACAAUUCAUCCACCUGGGUAUGCUCGUGUCGCAGACUGGGUAAUGGGGUACACUAUUGACCUCUAAUAUGGAAUGAAG